GGAACAGAGGAGGGGAAGUCGCAACUAAAUCCUCUGACUGUACUACGAAGGUGAAGCACAGCCAAAGCAAUGGAGAGGAACCGCGUCAAAAUGCUCGUUUAAUAUUUGAAGAAAAGUAAGAUGCCCGGUUUAGUGUCAUGCCUUGGCGAUCUAAUAGUCACUGGAAUCAUCAUCCUCUUCUCUGACCACGUCAAAUCAGAGAUAUGGACCAAUGAAGUUUCAGACGUCCAGUUCGGUGGACUGGGCUCCAGGGUCACCCUCACAUGCGGAGGCUCACAUGGCGGGUCUCCGGUGGAAUGGCGGUUCAAUGGGAGCUCAGUACCACCGUGGCAAACACAUGAGGGCUCGCUUACACUACUGAACACCACACACUCAAUGGAAGGCAACUACAGCUGCCAUGAUGAACGAGGAACUUUACUGCAGUCCAUCAAACUUCGCCUGGGCCAUCCGCCUCAUUUCGUUAGUGUUUCUUGCCAUAUGCCGAAUCAUAUGAAAAUCUACUGCUCCUGGGUACAAACUAAGACAACACACCUGCCCACAAUGUACAGAACCUCCUACAGUGUUAAAGGCAGAUGCGAACCCUGCGAGCAGGAACAUAUUGGCAUGAAUGAGUGCACAAUUACUAACCCACAGUUCUGGAGUUCCUCGAAGGUCCUGGUAAACAUCACAGAAAUCAACCCCCUGGGAUCCAACUCCACCAUUAUCCAAAUAGAUACUCAUGAACUCUUAAAACCAGAUCCUCCAGAGGAUGUUCAAGUUCUUCACGUGGAAGGUCAGCCCACACAGUUAUUGGUCAAAUGGAAUUCGCCUUCAUCCUGGGCAACUGAAAUCAUGCCCGCUUUUCCCUUAACAUUCUUACUGCGCUACCGGCCGAUUGGCUCCAACUUCUGGUCAAUGCUGGAGACUGAGGAGAACACGAGUCUAAAGAUCAUGGACGCUCUAGUGGGUCACCUGCACCAGAUCCAGAUCAGAGCUCAGGAUGCCCUGAUCAACCACAGCCAGUGGAGUGAAUGGAGUCAUGUGGUGGAGGCCCGGCCGUGGAUUGGUCAGAAGCCUUGGGAAGAGCCAACAGAAUCAGUUAUUUGUUGCUUUCCAAGUUUCGAUACGCCAUUUCCAGUGAGGACAACGGACAAGUCCCCAGAUUCAUCAUUAGAGCAGAACGGAAGCCUCGGACUGUUGGUUUUAUUGGGGCUGUUUGCAGCAGUCAUGGUGGCUGUGUUAUUAACUAUCAUCGUGCUUCUAGGGGUGAGGCAAAGGAAACAAGACAAUGUGAAGAAACAGGAACUGACUUCCAUGGUGAAGAUGAAGUCUAUACCGAUCUAAAAUUUGAGAAGUUGGCCGCUCCAGUUCGGCCCUCAUAGGGCAUCAGUAUAGGGAAUCACCACCACUGCCACUGCGGCUGACAGACUCCAUUACCCACAAUCCACUUCUCCUCUCAGCGGAGUCCCGUGAACUGUGAACAUGUACAGUCUACAAUGUAGCACAAUGCAACGGAAAAACAUAAGGAUUUCUUUCUUUCUUCUGCUCACGGCAAAUUCUUGGACAAUGAAAAACAUAUUUUUGUAUUAUUCUUUCUUCCCGAUAUUCCCCACUCUCCACUGGUGACACAUUGAAUGCUGUGAAAAGGCUUGGCUUUGUGUGCAGCAUACGGGGCAUUAUGGAGAAAGUGGCUUUGUCAAUGUUUCAGUCCUCUAACUCACUCAUCUGGCAAAAAAGACACUCUGUAACCUAUAGACAGCUGCUAUCUUUGGAAGACAGAAAGUCAGCACUCCAGUGAUGGACGCGGUGGUCUUUCUUUGGAGACACAAAGACGGCUUUGUCUUUAUUCCUGCAAAAUUUCUUCUCACAAAACGAAGUUCAUAACAGGUGGACGCAUCUGUAGUUGAUUGUUUUCGUCUGGUUAGUUUCCAACCAGAUGUGGCAUCUAAAGCAUCAAGUUCUCGGUAAUAAACUCCCAUAAAAUGCAUUUCAUCAUGACAGCAGCCUCAAAGUUCAUGUCUUGAAAGUUUACGCCAGCAACGAUUAGAAACUUUCUGUGAGCUGGUGUUCAACAAAAAAAGGACCUUCAAUGCAAUAAAUGCAUUUAAUCUCUCUGCAUUGAAUCGAGACAUGAAUGUAAAUCAGUCUUACAAUGUCACUUAUACACAUUUGUAAGGUGAUUAAAGCUGAUUGUUUCUGUUGAAGCUAAUAGAUAUUCACGAUAUUAAAUUCUAUUGAAGCUCAUAUAAAGUUAUAUUGUUUGUUAUACAUUUAUGCAGUUAUAUUGUAUAAUAGUUUCUACACAGCAUACUGUUCUGUUGUACAUUGCUCUCCAGUGACAUAAAGCUCAAUGCAUGCAUUUAUUUUGUAAUUCUUUUAAAAUAUAUGAUUUAAUUGAAUUAUAAGAUUUUAGCAUACGUAUCCUUUCUAUAGGUACAAACAAAAAUAAUGAACAUUGUCCAAACAAAUUCAUAAAAUGGUUAUUGUGUAUGUAUCAGUUACUAUCUUCAAAUGUUAUCCUUGUACAAUUAAAAAUAACUAGGGCAAUUUUUAAAAUUUUUUGUAAAAAUGUCACUGUGAUUCUUCUAAUGCCGGGUUCAGACUACACAAUAUCACAAUCCAUUUGAAAUAGGUUGUCAUGGUGAUUCAUAAACAACAAUAGGCGUCAUGACGGAAAAUCGAUCAUUUUGUUUUGUAUAGUGUGUCAUAGUGGACGCUUCACGACGUCACAACAGAAAAGCUGUGUUCGAAAUUGCCCCUAUACCCUCAUUCACUAGCUGCGUUUCAUUUCGGAGGCCGCGUCCUCCGGAGGUCGCAUUUGAAGGCUGCAUACAUCAUCAAGGAUUUCUUAUUUAAGAAAAGUAACCAUAAUAAAAUUGAUUCCUCGUGAGGUGUAAAAUACUGUAUUUUCUUUCUUACUUUGCAAUCCAACGGUUAUUUUUUCUUAAAUGAGACCUCCUCAAUGACAUAUGCAGCCUUCAAAUGCGACCUCUGGAGGAUGCAGCCUUCGAAAUGAGACGCAGCUACUAUUCCCUACAUUAGUCCACUAAAAUAGUCCACUUGAAGGAGUGAAUUAAAACAAGUAAGUGAAUUCAGACACUGAGUGCGGCGGAAGGGCUGUGGCUUUUGCAUAGUUAGUGCUUGCUGCUAAAUUAUCAUUUGAAACUUAGCAAACUGGCAGCUGUAUUAGUAAUAAAAAAAGUUGUCUUGGAAACUAGCAUGUAUAAACCUUAAUUAAACAAUUUAAUAAUCAAUUAAAAAGGAAUUUAUACCUGUAUGAUAUUACGCUGUACCCACAUUGGACCAGCGGGUUGGAAAAUGGAUGGAUGGAUGAUUCAGGUGUGGGCGCCAUCUGGCGAGACACGGGAAUUCAUUCGGCACAACCCUCACAGUGCAUUAUGGGUAUUCUCUAGCUGUUGAGUCAACAUCAGUUGUACACUCAUUAUUGCGGUGCAUUAUGGGAUUGAAUGAGUGCACUAGAUAACAUCCACUAUGGUUUCGGACACCAAUACAAAAGGCUGUCCCCUCACAUAGUGCCCUAUUUAAGACUAUGGGGGCGAUUUCGGACACAGACAAAGACUAGCAUUUUUAAUUUUUUAAAAGAGUUUCCUCGAGGGACUAUCGCGAGUUAUCACAAGUGAAAAAAAAGAUAAACGCUGGAGAAUGAUAGUCUUGCGUAGCCAGAUCUUCAGACUGACGGCAGAAGGUCUGGACUCCAUAGCAGAUUUUUUAUUGGCUAAGGACCAUCCAAGACGACAUCUGACCGACAUGUAAAAAAAUCAAUCACAGCAUCCGCAUCAUGUUUAUGUACAUGAAAAUGACAUUGAUGUCCCUACAGUGAUGACCAAACAGACCGGUGUGUAAAACUCUCUGACAUAUUUUAAAGAGUCUAUAUCGUGAACUUUACGUACUUAACAUACUUUUGAAAAUCCAGCAUUUAGAUGAUCCUGGUAAGCGCUUAUUGUCACAGUUGUAAACACGACGGCGUUCUUCUUCCAUGGUGGGGUUUGGCGUCAUGGCAUCUUUGUUUCCAGGUGGACCACUAAAGAUGACGACACACGUCUUCUGGACAUCCUGUAGAAUUCAACCAAUCAGAUGACGACUUCAAAAAUCCUGAAGUGUUUCCAGUUAAGUGUGCAGCGUACAGCCAAUGGUCCGAGGGCGUGGCGUCUGAGGCUCAGACUUGGCGAAUGAUAACGGAGGUGCUUCAGAAACCGUGUGUGCUGGAAUUAGUAUUAAGCUAACACGCCGCUUCGGUAGUUUGUUUACACUCUUGUUUACGGAAGUCAGUCGCUAGUUCCGCCUUCUCUAUGACAUCACACACAAUGUUAAAGACAGCAAGCGAUGAUUGGUUGGGAAGCAAUGUGUAGUCUGACUUGUCUCUUGUCCAUGACACAACAAUCAAAAUUGCAUAAUCUGACACAGUGAAUAUCACAACAGACAAAAAUAUCUAGUCUGAACCCGGCAUAAAAAUGACUGUUUGCCAGAAUUUUUUUUUUUUUUUUUUUUGUGCAUUUCUUCAUGCAUUUUUGCACCAUUUGCUUGUAAACUCUGCCUUUUUAUGUUCCUUUUUUUGGCCUGUUUCUGUUCCACCAGCAAGAUGGUUUGUGUAUUUUUAGAGCAGCAGUAUUUAUACUGAAAGUGGCUUAUGGGUUCGGUGCUCUAAUGAUAUUACCCUUUAAAAUAGAUUUUGAUUCUCCGAAUUACCUAUGCAUUGUAAAACACUUUCCAAUGCAAUUUUGAAAAAAAAAAAAAUGCAGAUAUGUUAAGAAAAAAAUAGUGUUUAGUUCUGAACUAAUGCCAGUCAUUCAUAUUUGAGACUGAGACUCUUGGUUUAAUAUUUAGUCGGUCAUAUAUUCCUUCCUUCCCUGCUUGUUGUCCCGCAUGUUAAGAGUAUAGAUUUGGUUGGUAUGUUAUUCUAGACUAAAUUUUUGAUUUGAUUUAUAUGAUGAUUAUCAGCAUUCAGUAAAUCGGUGGUUCUCAGCUGGAUUUGCCCCAGGACCCAGAUUUUACAUUUGACUUCAUGUGGCACCCAAUGCAGUACAAAAUUGUUUAUCAUACAAAGUAAACAAAAAUGAAUAAAAUCAAACAUUGAAAUGUAUUAAUAUAACUAUAAAUUGCACAGGCCCAACAGCACAGAAAAUAUUAACAUUUCUGUGCUCUUGGGAGCCAUAAAAAUGAGCCCCUCAAAUUAUGUUUAUCCUAAUUGCAAAUAAACCCAUAUUUUAUGCAGUUUGGGUCAUAUCUGUCUAAUUUUGCUAGUAUCUAUCAAGUGACAAAUUUUCACUAAAAUACCAAUUAAUUCCAAUCGAUAUGCACAAUUAUAUGGUUUUGUUGCAGCUCACUUUAUGCAUUCAGCAUUGUUUGGGUUGUGACCAGUUGAGAACCACUUCAAUAAAGCAUCUGAACACUGUAACAUGCCGAAAAUAUCUGAUUGCUGUUUAUUUUUAGACCUCUAUCAUAUAACUCCAUCUGUGAACUGACUCUUUAACAGUGUAUUAAUGGCUUGAUGUGCAGUUAUAGUCUCUCCACACUGACCUAAGUCUUGCAUCAGAGAAAUUCAACCCCGCGCUGAAGGAAACUGAUGCACGAUUCCAGAAAACCGAACCAAAGGAAACAAGCUAAUCGAUCAGCAAUCAUCUGUUACUGGCAGGAUGGAGAGACUAUAUAAUUCAAGCAGGACAAGUUCUUGGAGAAAAAUGUGUAUAUUUCCCAUUUGCUCUUUGCCUUUUUUUUUAUAAUGUUGCAUGCAUGGUGUCAAAUCCAGAUGUACUGGGGAGAUGCGUAACAUUGGACUACUGUUGCCUGGGAAAGGUGAACACAAAGGCGUCCACAGUAAAUGUAUAUAGUAUAUUUUUCUGUACAACAUAAGCUGUUUUAUUAUUCCCCUGUUUAUAUUUUUGUGAAAUAAAAGUUAUUUUAUCUGAAGAAAAA